UGAUACUACUUUAAUUCCCUGAGAGAGGGACUUGCUGAGAGGCAAAUACAAAGGCUCUUUAGUGGUGCAAAAAAGGCUUUCCACCUGUUCUCACGACACAAGAGAAAAACAGAACUCAACAGCAGCAUGAAGUUUAUAAUUAGUCUGGGUGUGCUGCUGGCCGCUGUAAACAUUGGAAGCUCAUUUCUGAUUGGAGCAUUUAACAUCAAAUCCUUUGGGAACUCAAAAGUGUCUAACGCCACUCUGCUUGACAUCAUUACCAAAGUGAUGCACCGUUAUGACAUCAUACUCAUUCAAGAAGUGCGAGACAGUGACCUCUCAGCAACUUCUAAACUGAUGGAUAGUGUGAAUCAAGGUUCCUCGCCAUAUCAAUAUGACUACAUUGUCAGUGAGCCCUUGGGUAGGAACACUUACAAGGAGAGAUAUCUCUUUGUUUACAGGAGUGAGUCGGUGUCCGUCAUAAACAGCUUCCAUUAUGAUGAUGGAUGUGAACCGUGUGGAACCGACACUUUCAACAGAGAACCAUUUGUGGUGAUGUUCUCUUCUAAAACAGCUGUCCGAGACUUCGCUCUUAUUCCCCAACACACUUCCCCAGAAGUCGCCGUGCAGGAAAUUGAUGCCCUGCAUGAUGUUGUUUUGGACACUAGACAGCGUCUAAACACAAAUAACAUCAUGCUUUUAGGAGACUUCAAUGCUGGCUGCAGGUACGUUUCCAAUUCAGCUUUGUCCAACAUACGGCUCCGCACUGACCAGAGUUACACCUGGCUCAUCCCGGACAGUGCGGACACCACCAUCACACAUACCAACUGUCCUUAUGACAGGAUCGUGGCGACUCCUGACAUUAUGAAAGGAGUGUCUCCAGGAUCAGCGCAGGUCUUUGACUUCAUGGAGGCUCAUGGAUUGAGCCAGGAUUGGGCCCUGGCAGUAAGCGAUCACUUUCCAGUUGAGGUCAAGCUCAUGUGAAAUUCCUCAAGGUUUUGUUUGCUUGCUGCAGAUUUACAGUGAGUGACAUGUAAUGCUGAGAUACACUUACUAAAAAAUAAAAAAUAAAUCCUCUUUCAAUGAAUAAUUGUAAAAGAAAUAAAUUGUGCAAAUGAAUAUAAUUACUGAUGUGCUGCUGAAGAAACAUUUACAACCCCAAAUUAGAAAACGUUGGGACAGUAUGCAAAACGUAAAUAAAAAAAAGAAAGUGAUUUCUAAAUUUACUUUGAAUUGUAUUUGUAUUUGAAUUGUAAUUAUUUAAUGUUUAUUUAACGUGUUCAAAUAAACAUGUAUUCCAGUUUUGGUUCUUGCAACACAUUUCACAAAAAAUUGGAACAGUAAAGCAUUUGCCACUUUGUAAUGUUGCCAUUUAUAUCACUUGAAAGACGUUUAGGGACUGAAGACACCAAGUGAAGUGUUUCAGGUCUAAUUUUGUUUCAUUCUUCAUGCAAACAAGUCUUGACAGAAUGGGGUCUUUGUCAUUGCAUUUGGCAGUUCAAUAUGCACCCCACAUUCUCCAUUGGAGACAGAUCGGGACUGCAGACAGGCCAGUCAAGUACAUGUACCCUCUUUCUCCGCAGCCAGGACUUUCGAAUGUGUGCAGAAUGUGGUUUUGCAUUGUCUUGUUGAAAUAUGCAUAGGUGUCCCUGAAAAAGAAGGAUGCAUGUUGUGCUCCAAAAUCUCUAUGUACUUUCAGCAUUAAUAGUGCCAUCACGGACACAACCCCAUACCCGGAGCACAGGCAUCUAUUUCUCUCAAAAAAUACCUGAAAUGCUGAUUUAUCUGACCACAGUACAUGUUUCCACUUUGUGAUGGUCCAUCUCAGAUGCCCAGAGAAGUCGACAGCACUUCUGGACACUGUUAACAAAGGGCUCCCUUUUGGCACAGUAAAGUUUUAACUGGCAUAUUUUGUGUUCAUGCUGUCUGCAAUGAAAU